AUGUCUUCAGCUGACGCUCGAGUUGCAGAGGCAACCCGAAUAGCCGAGCAACACGAGUACAUAACAUCCGGCCUCGGCUUCCUGAUUCACCCGGUCAUCGAGCACCACAUCAAGGACUGCGAAGGGCCCAUAAGGAUAGCAGACGUUUCCGAAGGACUACAGUUCCCAUCGGACAAUGACUUCAGAUGGCCGAAGUGCCCGAUAGAGGUUACCAGAAUUUCAAUCCGAGAUGUGAUCAAGCCAGAUGGCCUCCACGAGUCCGCAGGGACAUUCCACGUUGUUGCCGUGAGGCUUGCCCACCUUUCUAUCGGCAAUACCCAUUGGAAUACUGCUAUACAUAAUCUGACCUCCCUCCUCCGUCCCGGAGGCUGGAUCCAAUGGACGGACUGGGAUCCUCGAACCGCAAGAAUAGCAGGCGUGAAGCCCGGUGCCGAGGACAAGGCUUUGCGAGACUUAUUGCAGCGGUACUCUGACUUUCUCAAGGAGAAGCAAGUCGGGACAACCUACAGAAUCUCUUCAUCGCUCACUGAUACUGGAUUGGGACAAGAAGACAGUGAUAUGUAUCCUCUUCCGCCUGACGUUGGAUUGACGAGGAAUAUUGCGCAUGGAGCAUUGAGGCAGUUGGAAACAGCUGAAAGCGUGGGCAGCGAAGAAGUUGAGAGAUUAAGGAAAGAAGUCGACGAUGAGAUUGAGGCUGGCGGUUCCCUCAUCUGGUAUGAUCUAUGGUGCCAUAUUGCUAGGAAGCCGAAGCGGUAA